AUGAUAGAUGCCAAUAAUGAAAAGAAAAGCCAGUCCAAGCAGCUUUGUCCGAUAAAGAUUCCGUUGGCCGGGCCUCUUAAAGACAUGAUAGGAAGAGAGGUGGGAGACAAAGCUUCUACGGUAAUUGAUAUUCUCGAGGGGGUGGUACCUACAGUGUCUCCAGAAGACAUGUACAGCGAGUUGGUAGAGGCGUUGAGUCCUGUAGUAGACCAGAAGGCGAAAGGACUAGUAGGAAAGGUUAUGGCGUACAAAAGGAAGACUUGCCGAGAUGGAGACGAAUGUAAGGCAAAGAAUUGCAUUUUUUUGCAUAGCUGGGAUAGAAAGAGUGGGGAAGGCUCUGUCCAGACAGGGUCCAAGGGAAGAGAAGAAGGAAUAGAUAGCGGGGAGGUGACUGGAAAGAGAAGGAGAACAAAUGAAUCAAAUGAAAAUAAUGAGGUGGUGUUCAACAAAGUAAACGAGUCAAGGCAUAAUCCAGAAAAUCUCAAGGCUUAUGCAGCGAGAUUUGGGAAAGUUGUGAACUUCAAGAGGCUCAAUCCCGAAAAGUAUCUUGUUGUCUUCGAAGACCCUGAGUCGGCCAGUGAAUUGGUGAAAUCAUCGGAGCCGGUUCUCGAGGACUUUGGAAUUAAGAAGUUCUACAAUGUUAUAGACAAUCUUGUUAAGGUAGAACUCAAAAAGCUGUUUGAAGAGCAAGAAACCGUGAUAGACAAGAUGUCUACGGAGUUUUCUGCUGCACUUCUGGGACAUCUACGAAACAUAAAUAUCCGAAUAAGGAAUUUAGUUCUGAAAGAGAAAUUAAAGGACGGAACAGGGACAGACAACAAGAGAGGAUUUGAUCAGGAAAACAGUCUAUAUUACAACUGUUUCUGA